AUGCCAACUAAAAACGACACGCAGUGGGUUCAAGUCCAAGAGGCUGUCUACACGUCAUGGUUGAAUUCUUUACUCCCACAAGAUACGCCGAAGAUCAUGAACGUGAAAACGGACUUAACACCCGAGAUCCUCAAAGUUGUAGCGGAGAGACUUACACAGAAAGAGUUGUCACAAAAGUUGACGAAUAAAGUUGGAAGGAUAUAUUCAUUAAACGACUAUUCGACAGUCUUGUCACAUUUACAAGAGAACGGUAUUGACACAUCAAGUUGCUCUUCUGAGAAUUUAGUAGACGGCGGUGAAGGGUACAAAAAUGUCCUUGGGAUGUUGUUCAGUUUGUACCGAAUGUUCUGUGUUAAGAACUACGAGAGAAACCACAAAGGGACUUAUGAAGGGAAGAAGCACCAGAAAUUGGAAGACUUUGUGCUUGGGUGGAUCAACGAGAAAGUCGCGCCAUAUGGGCUUCGAGUAAAUAAACUUGGAGAAGACAUUAAAGACGGGAAUGUCCUUUUGGCAUUAUCAGAAGCGUUUUCUGGCGACAAGUUCUAUGAACAAAUGAAAGAGAAAAGUCCAGUGGAGAAGAUCGAACAGGCGUUUAAUGUUGCGCAAGACAAGAUUGGAGUGCAAAAGAUUUUUGUGCCAGAAGAUCUUAUUAAUGGAGAUGUCGAUGAAAGAGCACUGAUGUUAUACUUGACAUUAUUUAAUAGAAACGAUAAGAUGGAACAAAGCGAGAGAAUGAAAGAAGACGAAAAGAACAAAGAAAAGGAAAAGCUUAAAGAGGAGGAAAUGAAAGCAAAAGAAAAGAUGUGGAAGGACAAAUUGGAGACGAUGGAGAAACAAAAUGAUAUGCUGAGAACACUCCAAGCUAAUCAAGAACAAGUCUUAAAUGAAGAAAUUAAGAAACAACAGGAAAUAGCACAAAAGGCUUUGGAUGAGAAGAAACGACUCGAAGACUUGAAUAAAACACAACAAGAAAAGUACACCGCACUCGAGAAAACUACUCAGGAAUUAUUGUCCCCAAGACAACAAAACAUUAUCCCUCAAAAUAUACAACAACAACUUCCUCAAAGUAAUCAACAAGUGUAUGAACAACAAAUCAAAGAACAAAGUCUACAACAAUUACAUGUACCUGGAUUGGUACAACAACAACCUUCACCUUUAUUAACACAAAACGUCGAACAACAAGUGUUCCAUGAUACUAUUCCACCAAAACAAUAUUUAAAUACUCAACAAAAUAUCCCAAUGACUCAACAAGAACAACAACAACACAUGCAACCAAUUGUCCCUCUACAAGUUCAACAACAAAAUUUCCAACAAGAAGCCAUACAACAACACCCACAGAUUAACUGCCAAAACGAACAACAAGAUCCAACACAAUACCAACAACAAACGCAAUUUCAACCACAAAUACCUCAACAAAAUAUCCAACAGCAACAGUUUAUGACUCCUCAAGACGUGUUAUAUCAACAAAAUACACCAAUGAAACAACAACCAUUGAUGCAACAAUGUGGAAUGCCUCAGAUGGUGGGGGUUCAGCCCCAACCAGCAAUGGGUCCAUUGGGUGUUGGUGCUCAAAUGUAUGGUGUUCCAAUAGGUCAGCAAAUACCACAAGGCGUGCCGGUUGGAGUUGUUGGAUAUGGAGUCCAACAACAGCCCGUUGGUGUUGGACUUGUCGGUGUCUAUCAAACACAACAAACAGGUAACAUAUUCCCACCAGGCCACGAUUACUAUGGGCAAACUUUUUAUUAA